UAUGAGAAUUUGAGCCAGCAAGAAAAAAAUAUACUUAACUAAAGAUGAAGGGAAGUUUUGUUGCCUCUUGUUGAAAGUUAUAUUAUUAGGGUUUUUUUUUUUUUUUUCUGUUUUAAAUCUCGAUGACUGCUAGUUUUGUUUAAAGUAUUUGUUCUGGAAAUAGUGAAGUUGGAGUCUACCAGACUGAGGAUAGCAACAUUUUCUUUGGCAGCAGGAAGAUACUUUUAUAGAAGCCAUGCCUGUACUUGGGGUUGCCUCAAAACGGAGGCAGCCAGCUGUUGGGUCAAAGCCUGUUCACACUGCUCUUCCGAUACCAAGUCUUGGCACUCCUGGGUCACAGCACUGUUCUUUGAGACCUUUGGAACUCACUGAAACAGAGAGCUCAAUGCUUUCUUGUCAGCUCCCGUUAAAAUCAACCUGUGAAUUUGGAGAGAAGAACCCCCUCCAGGGGAAAGCUAAGGACACAGAAGACAGCAAGAUUUACACUGACUGGGCCAACCACUACCUGGCAAAAUCCGGCCACAAGCGGCUGAUCAAGGAUUUACAACAAGACAUUGCAGACGGAGUGCUGCUAGCCGAGAUCAUCCAGAUCAUUGCAAAUGAAAAAGUUGAAGAUAUCAAUGGAUGUCCUAGGAGUCAAUCUCAGAUGAUUGAAAAUGUUGAUGUCUGCCUUAGUUUUCUAGCAGCCAGAGGAGUAAAUGUCCAAGGUCUAUCUGCUGAAGAAAUAAGAAAUGGAAACUUAAAAGCCAUUCUAGGGCUGUUUUUCAGUUUGUCGCGCUACAAGCAGCAGCAGCACCACCAGCAGCAGUAUUACCAGUCCUUGGUGGAGCUCCAGCAGCGGGUCACUCACGCCUCUCCUCAGGCAGAAGCCGGUCCGGCCAAAGCCCAGCAAGAUAUGCAGUCCAGUCUGGCAGCCAGAUAUGCAACUCAGUCUAAUCACAGUGGAAUUGCAACCAGUCAAAAAAAGCCUACUAGGCUUCCAGGUCCCUCUAGGGUGCCCGCUGCAGGCAGCAGCAGCAGCAAGGCCCAGGGAGCCUCUAAUUUAAAUAGGAGAAGUCAGAGCUUUAACAGCAUUGACAAAAACAAGCCUCCAACUUAUGCAAAUGGCAAUGAAAAAGAUUCCUCCAAAGGGCCUCAGCCUUCUUCAGGUGUAAACGGGAACGUGCAGCCCCCCAGCUCUGCGGGGCAGCCCCCUGCCUCCGCCAUCCCCUCUCCGAGUGCCAAGCCCUGGCGCAGCAAGUCCAUGAAUGUCAAGCACAGCGCCACCUCCACCAUGCUGACUGUGAAGCAGUCCAGCCCGGCCACCUCUCCCCCGCCACCUGCAGACCGGCUGAAGCCCCCCGCCUCCGAGGGGGUCAAAACAGCUCCCUCGGGACAGAAAUCCAUGCUUGAAAAAUUCAAGCUGGUCAAUGCCCGGACUGCUUUACGCCCCCCGCAGCCUCCCAGUUCAGGACCCAGUGAUGGUGGGAAGGACGAGGACGCCUUUUCUGAACCCGGCGACAUGGAAGGUUUGAACAGUGGCCUGAAUAGCGGUGGCUCAACCAACAGCAGCCCCAAAGCCUCACCUAAGUUAGCCCCCCCGAAAGCUGGAAGCAAAAAUCUCAGCAAUAAAAAGUCUUUGCUACAGCCAAAGGAAAAAGAGGAGAAGAACAGAGACAAAAAUAAAGUUUGCACUGAAAAACCGGUCAAGGAUGAGAAGGACCAGGUGACCGAGGCGGCUCCCAAAAAGACUUCUAAAAUCGCAAGCCUGAUCCCAAAGGGUAGCAAGACCACCGCCGCCAAGAAGGAAAGCCUGAUCCCGUCCUCCAGCGGGAUCCCCAAGCCGGGCUCCAAGGUGCCAACUGCAAAACAAACCGUCUCGCCGGGCGGCGCGGCCAGCAAGGAGUCUGACAAGUUCAGGACUACCAAGGGGAGCCCUUCCCAGGCCUGCCCGAGGCCCGUGGCCGCCGAGAGAGCCAGCACAGCCAGCUGCCCUGCGCCCCCCGAGGGGAGGGAGGCCGGCCAGGCCCCCGCGCCCGGCUCCUGUGCGGGGACCCCGGGAAACGGCGCGGUCCAGCUCCCGCAGCAGCAGCACAGCCACCCCAACACCGCCACGGUGGCCCCCUUCAUUUACAGAGCACAUUCAGAAAAUGAAGGUACUUCUUUAUCAUCUGCUGACUCCUGUACCAGUCCUACUAAGAUGGAUUUGUCAUACAGUAAGACUGCUAAGCAGUGCCUAGAGGAGAUAUCUGGUGAAGACCCUGAAACAAGAAGAAUGCGAACAGUGAAAAACAUAGCAGAUUUGAGGCAGAAUUUAGAAGAGACCAUGUCCAGUCUUCGUGGGACCCAGAUAAGCCACAGCACCCUGGAGACAACAUUUGACAGCACUGUGACAACGGAAGUGAAUGGGAGGACCAUACCCAACUUGACAAGCCGACCCACCCCUAUGACCUGGAGGUUGGGCCAGGCGUGUCCCCGGCUGCAGGCUGGAGAUGCUCCCUCCCUGGGUGCUGGCUACCCUCGCAGCAGUACCAGUCGGUUCAUCCACACGGACCCCUCCAGGUUCAUGUACACAACGCCUCUCCGUCGAGCUGCUGUCUCUCGGCUGGGAAACAUGUCACAAAUUGACAUGAGUGAGAAAGCAAGCAGUGACCUGGACAUGACCUCUGAAGUUGAUGUGGGUGGAUAUAUGAGCGAUGGAGAUAUCCUGGGGAAAAGUCUUAGGACGGAUGACAUCAACAGUGGGUACAUGACAGAUGGGGGACUUAACCUGUACACUAGAAGUCUGAACCGAAUACCAGACACGGCGACUUCCAGGGAUGUCAUUCAGAGAGGUGUUCACGAUGUGACGGUCGAUGCAGACAGCUGGGAUGACAGCAGUUCUGUGAGCAGUGGUCUCAGUGACACCCUUGAUAACAUCAGCACCGAUGACUUGAACACCACGUCCUCAGUCAGCUCUUACUCCAACAUCACUCUGCCUUCCAGGAAGAACACUCAGCUGAAGACAGAUUCAGAGAAACGUUCUACCACAGAUGAGACCUGGGAUAGCACUGAGGAGCUGAAAAAAACAGAAGAGGACUUUGACAGCCACGGGGAUGGCGGUGGCAAGUGGAAGGGUGUGUCCUCAGGACUCCCUGAAGACCCUGAGAAGGCAGGGCAGAAAGCCUCCCUGUCUGUUUCCCAGACGGGUUCCUGGAGAAGGGGCAUGUCUGCCCAGGGAGGGGCACCACCCAGGCAGAAAGCUGGGACAAGCGCUCUCAAGACCCCUGGGAAAACCGAUGAUACCAAAGCUUCUGAGAAAGGGAAAACUCCCCUGAAAGGAUCCUCUCUGCAGAGGUCUCCUUCAGAUGCAGGAAAAAGCAGCGGAGAUGAGGGGAAAAAGCCCCCCUCGGGUAUCGGAAGAUCAACUGCCACGGGAUCUUUUGGGUUUAAGAAACCAAGCGGAGUAGGAUCAUCUACCAUGAUCACGAGCAGUGGAGCCACCAUCACGAGUGGAUCGGCCACGCUGGGUAAAAUUCCCAAGUCCGCUGCCAUCGGUGGGAAGUCAAACGCCGGGAGAAAAACCAGCCUGGACGGGUCCCAGCACCAGGACGACGUGGUGCUCCACGCGAGCUCCAAGGCCUCGCUGCAGUACCGCAGCCUGCCCCGGCCCGCCAAGUCCAGCGCCGGCGGCAUUCCUGGCCGCGGGGGCCACCGCUCCAGCACCAGCAGCAUCGACUCCAACGUCAGCAGCAAGUCGGCCGGCGCCGCCACCUCGAAGCUGAGGGAACCCACUAAGAUUGGGUCAGGGCGCUCCAGUCCCGUCACUGUCAACCAGACGGACAAGGAGAAGGAGAAGGUAGCCGUCUCAGAUUCAGAGAGUGUUUCUUUGUCAGGGUCCCCCAAGUCCAGCCCCACCUCUGCCAGUGCCUGUGGAACACAAGGGCUCAGGCAGCCAGGAUCCAAGUAUCCUGACAUCGCCUCACCUACAUUCCGAAGGUUGUUUGGUGCCAAGGCAGGUGGCAAACCUGCCUCUGCACCUAGUACUGAGGGUGUGAAAUCCUCCUCAGUAAUGCCCAGUCCUAGUACCACAUUAGCGCGCCAAGGCAGCCUGGAGUCACCGUCGUCCGGCACCGGCAGCAUGGGCAGUGCCGGCGGGCUGAGUGGCGGCAGCAGCCCUCUCUUCAGUAAACCCUCAGACCUAACCGCAGACGUUAUAAGCUUAAGCCACUCGUUGGCGUCCAGCCCGGCUUCGGUCCACUCUUUCACGCCAGGCGGCCUCGUGUGGGCUGCCAACCUGAGCAGUUCCUCUGCGGGCAGCAAGGACACUCCGAGUUACCAGUCCAUGACUAGCCUCCAUACGAGCUCUGAGUCCAUUGACCUCCCCCUCAGCCACCACGGCUCCCUGUCUGGACUGACCGCAGGCGCCCACGAGGUGCAGAGCCUGCUCAUGAGAACGGGUAGUGUGAGAUCUACUCUCUCAGAAAGCAUACAGCUUGACAGAAAUACACUACCCAAAAAGGGACUAAGAUACACCCCAUCAUCUCGGCAGGCCAACCAAGAGGAGGGCAAAGAGUGGCUGCGAUCCCAUUCAACCGGAGGGCUGCAGGACACCGGCAGCCAGUCACCCCUGGUCUCCCCUUCUGCCAUGUCAUCUUCUGCAGCAGGAAAAUACCACUUCUCUAACUUGGUGAGCCCAACCAACCUGUCUCAGUUCAACCUUCCCGGGCCCAGCAUGAUGCGCUCAAAUAGCAUCCCAGCCCAAGACUCUUCCUUUGACCUCUACGACGACUCCCAGCUCUGCGGGAGUGCCACGUCUCUGGAGGAAAGACCACGUGCCAUCAGUCAUUCAGGCUCCUUUCGAGACAGCAUGGAAGAAGUUCAUGGCUCUUCAUUGUCACUGGUCUCCAGCACCUCUUCUCUUUACUCCACAGCUGAAGAAAAAGCUCAUUCAGAGCAAAUUCAUAAACUUCGGAGAGAGCUGGUUGCAUCUCAAGAAAAAGUGGCUACCCUCACAUCUCAACUUUCAGCAAAUGCUCACCUCGUAGCAGCUUUUGAAAAGAGUUUAGGGAAUAUGACUGGCCGACUGCAAAGUCUAACCAUGACGGCGGAACAAAAGGAAUCUGAACUCAUAGAACUAAGAGAAACCAUCGAAAUGCUGAAGGCCCAGAAUUCUGCUGCCCAGGCCGCCAUUCAGGGAGCACUGAAUGGUCCCGAUCACCCUCCCAAAGAUCUCCGCAUCAGAAGACAGCAUUCCUCUGAAAGCGUUUCUAGUAUCAACAGUGCCACAAGCCAUUCCAGCAUCGGCAGUGGUAACGAUGCUGACUCCAAGAAAAAGAAAAAGAAAAACUGGGUGAACUCUAGAGGAAGUGAGCUGAGAAGCUCAUUCAAACAAGCCUUUGGGAAGAAAAAGUCCACCAAGCCUCCUUCCUCGCAUUCGGACAUUGAAGAGCUCACGGACUCAUCCCUGCCAGCGUCCCCCAAGUUGCCCCACAACGCUGGUGACUGUGGCUCAGCAUCCAUGAAGCCCUCGCAGUCCACCUCGGCGUCGCCCCUUGUCUGGCCACCAAAGAAACGGCAAAAUGGCCCUGUGAUCUACAAGCAUAGAUCCCGGAUCUGUGAAUGCACCGAGGCUGAGGCAGAGAUCAUUCUGCAGCUGAAGAGUGAGCUCAGAGAAAAGGAAUUGAAAUUAACGGACAUUCGGCUGGAGGCCCUCAGCUCUGCCCAUCACCUGGAUCAGAUCAGGGAAGCCAUGAACCGGAUGCAGAAUGAAAUUGAAAUACUGAAGGCUGAAAAUGACCGGUUGAAGGCAGAAACUGGAAACACGGCUAAGCCCGCGCGGCCACCCUCGGAGUCCUCAAGCAGCACCUCCUCCUCAUCCUCGCGGCAGUCGCUGGGCCUGUCUCUGAACAACCUGAACAUCACAGAGCCUGUGGCCUCAGAUAUUUUGCUAGAUGACGCUGGUGAUGCGAAUGGACAUAAAGACGGACGCAGUGUGAAAAUUAUAGUCUCCAUAAGCAAGGGCUACGGCCGUGCAAAGGAUCAGAAGUCUCAGGCAUAUUUGAUAGGAUCCAUUGGUGUUAGCGGGAAAACCAAGUGGGAUGUCUUAGAUGGUGUAAUUAGACGUCUCUUUAAGGAAUAUGUGUUUCGAAUUGAUACAUCCGCCAGCCUUGGUCUGAGCUCUGACUGCAUCGCCAGCUACUGCAUAGGAGAUUUAAUUAGAUCCCAUAGCCUAGAAGUGCCUGAGCUGCUGCCUUGUGGAUACCUUGUUGGAGAUAAUAACAUCAUCACUGUGAACCUGAAAGGGGUAGAGGAAAACAGUUUGGACAGUUUCGUUUUUGAUACACUGAUCCCUAAGCCAAUUACCCAAAGGUACUUUAACUUGUUGAUGGAGCAUCACAGGAUUAUACUCUCGGGACCCAGUGGUACUGGAAAGACCUAUUUAGCAAACAAACUUGCUGAAUAUGUAAUAACCAAAUCUGGGAGGAAGAAAACAGAGGAUGCAAUUGCUACUUUUAAUGUGGACCACAAGUCAAGUAAGGAAUUGCAACAGUAUCUGGCUAGCCUGGCUGAGCAGUGCCGUGCUGACAACAGUGCUGCAGAGCUCCCAGCUGUAAUAAUCCUCGAUAAUCUUCAUCACGUGGGCUCUUUGAGUGAUAUCUUCAAUGGUUUCCUCAACUGUAAAUACAACAAAUGUCCAUAUAUUAUUGGAACAAUGAAUCAGGGAGUUUCUUCAUCACCAAAUCUAGAGCUGCAUCACAAUUUCAGGUGGGUACUAUGUGCAAACCACACUGAACCAGUGAAAGGCUUCUUAGGCAGAUAUCUUCGAAGGAAACUGAUAGAGAUGGAAAUUGAAAGGAACAUACGCAAUAAUGACCUAGUCAAAAUUAUAGAUUGGAUUCCUAAGACAUGGCAUCAUCUCAAUAGUUUUUUGGAAACACACAGUUCUUCUGAUGUUACCAUUGGUCCCCGACUUUUUCUUUCUUGCCCCAUGGAUGUAGAAGGUUCUAGAGUAUGGUUCAUGGAUCUCUGGAACUAUUCUUUGGUACCUUAUAUUCUGGAGGCAGUAAGAGAAGGUCUUCAGAUGUAUGGGAAACGGGCACCUUGGGAAGAUCCCUCAAAGUGGGUGCUUGAUACCUACCCAUGGACCUCAGCAUCUGUGCCUCAGGAGGGCCCAGCGUUACUUCAGUUGCGACCAGAAGAUGUUGGGUAUGAGGGUUGCAUCUCCACCAAGGAAGCCACAACCUCAAAGCACAUUCCACAGCCUGACACGGAGGGGGAUCCCCUGAUGAAUAUGCUAAUGAAACUCCAAGAAGCAGCCAAUUACUCGGGUACACAAACCUGCGACAGCGACAACACCAGCCGCCACGAGGACACCUUGGAUUCAUCUCUUGAAUCUACCCUCUAGAGGGUGAGAAACGUUGGGGGGGAAAGACUAUGCUUUUUAAAAAGGUUUAAAAAGUAAGGGAUUUUCACUAAACCACUGCCAGUAUGAAAGCACCUAUCCAGGCUCCUGACCCAGAGCCGUGGUCUCCGAGGAGGCAGCAGAACUGAGUCUGAACCGCCAAGACGCUAAACCGAAACGGAAGCUCGACCUUGUUUUAUUUCUAGGCAUUUUUAUAUCUGUGGAGUGACACAAGGCUCCAUGACUCAACUGGAAAGGACCCUAACGAUAGGGCAACUGAAUAGACUGCACAUGGGAUAGCCAAACUGGACUUUAUUUUUUUCCUCUUUAAAAGUUUACAAUACAGACCCUUUUUUUGUCCCCCUUCAUUUCGUUUCCUCUGACAAGCUGUUCUCCCCAAGCAGGGCCCACUCUUCUGACCCGUCCGCCUCCUCCGUGCCACACGGUGCUGGUCACAGGGCUCCGGCGGCGUUUGUGCUGUGCGCUCAGCCCUUUCCGAAACGAGGCCAAGGGGCCAGCCCCCCGAAAGCACAAAUGGAACCGGGGCCUCCAGGAGAGCUGCUGUGGGGAGCUCCCCACGGCCGGUGCGCGCGGCUUGCUCCGCCACCUGGCAGCGCACGAGUCACAGGUUUUCUAAGGUUGUUUUUACCACUGUGGUCUUUUGAAGCCACCUGCCCACUCCCUUAACAAGAGUUUUAUACCAAUUAUUAGCCAACACUGACAAAAGGCUUUCUUAGGGCUUUAUUUGUUUGAGCCUUUUCAGUGAAAGAAGGAACAUUUCCUAUGGUGCUGUCUCACUGCCUUAAAACAGAUUUCUACAACAGAUUAACAGCUGGUUUCAAUCCUAAACCAUUGGUAAUUUCCACUGUCUUUUCAUUUACGACCAAGUAACGCCAGUUAACGCAGUAGCCUCAUCUCUAUAGAUCUUUUAUUUCCCCCCCCCCGCCCAAGAAACGGUUGGGAGAAAGAUCAGUAUUUUUUUCCUUGUGAAUAGAUCGCUUUGCCUGUCCUCCCCCCAAAUAUCCAUGUAACCCAGAAACCCUCUUUGACCGUCACUUAAAAGCAAAGACAUGUGGCUACAUUCCAUCCAGUUCUAGGUGAAAGAGUUUUAGAAGGCAGGAGAUUUUGAAUUUUUACCCAGCAGAGCUGGAAGCACUAGAUGCAGCAUGAGCACAACUAUUUGGCUUUCCUCUCCUGUUCCUUUUUUAUUAUUAGUUUGGAGCAUGUUGUUUUGAUUGCUGUUGGUGUACAUGAGAAAUUCAGCAUCUAGAACACAGAAGCAGUGACAUCACUGUGGAAGGGGAGGCGUGGAUACUGUAAAAGAAGGUUAGAUUUGCACAGUCUACUGGGUAGGUAUUGUAAAUAAUAAUUUUAAAAACUUGCACAAAUCAAAACAAACACACAAAAAAUGUGUCUUUUAUCCUGUUGGUGUUAAGAGGUGUUUCACUUGCUGCGAUUUCCUGUACGUUGCAAACAAAAAACAGAAUGCAGACCCUCAAAGCUGUUCUUACCUGGUGUGUUUGUUCUGUAUUUACAGUUGUUAUGACUAUGCAGGAGCUAUCAGUGCUAGAGUGAGCAUGCUUCAAAACUGGACAUGAAGCCAGUACAUUUUUGGAAAAGUAAAAAUGCCCGAAAGUGCAUCUGUCAUGGCAGGCUUUAAGGAGAGUGCAUGAAAACUGAUUGGAUUCAUUAGAGAAGUUACCACCACACACAGACAGGUUUUUAAGUUUAUAACACCCAAGGGCUUGGCCGUGGUGUAGUCUUGUUCUGUGCGUGUGAAAAUGUGUUCCUUUCAGGACGUGUAACUGGUGCUACUCUCUGCGACCACCGUGGGUCAGUUGCUCUAGAACAAUAACAGCAGCAGGCAUCUGUGCAGUUUUCAGAGUGUCUCUGAGUCUGUAGGUCCCACAUGGUGCUAUUGCCCUAAGGGAAACCGGAGCUGCAUUUAUGCACAGAGGAUUGCCACCCUGACUUUGAAGCCCCAAACGUGGAUCACAUCUGUUGUGAAACAUCAUAUAUAGCUGGAUGAGUGACUAGUUACCCUUGUAUAAUAUGUGACCUAAGAAAAUUGCUAAUCUUUCCCUGCCAUUUUGAGAAAACACAGUCCAAACAUGAUCAUAAACAGAUUCCUGCAAUACAUCCCAGUAGGUCCACCUAGUUUACAACUUAAACUAGUUUGUGAAACAUUUGUCUGUAUACAUUUUAUAUUUUGUACAUUUUUGAUGUAACAUAUCAUGUAAAUAGGCAGAAACAGUGAAAUAAAUCAUCUGGAAAGUUUUGUAGUCUUUGUAAAGCCCCAACAAUAAGUACUUGGUGUCAAUGGACUUAACUGGAUGAUGUAUUUUCUAUUGGUUAAUUGUUCCUUUAGCUUGUAAACCAGCUUGCAUAUAUUUUUUUGCAAAUGUGCACCCUGUAUCUGUCUAAAUUAUUACUUUGCCAUUAAAGUGGAAUUAUUUAUUGACAA